UCUUUUUCCUCUUUUUCCUCGCUCCUCUCCUGUAUCUCUCCCGCACGCACCCCAGACUCAACUCAACCCACCUGCGGCACGGUGAACCGUUCGGUUGCGGCCACCUGCAACGCCUUGUGAUCAUCACAUCUGCUGCACUGUUGGAUGCAACAGCGUUGCUACAUUCUUGAGCAAUUUUCAAGCAAAGGUGAGAUACCACCUAGGUAGGAAGGUUCUAUAAAAUGCAGAAGGAAGUGAGAUCAGAGAGAUAACAUAGGGGAAUUUUGUGCAUGUGGAACUUGAUGAUACAGGCAGUGGGAACCUGCCCGGCAGUAGUGCGAGCGAGAUGGGGUUAAUGGUGGUUUGGAUCCAAAAUUCUGUCGUAAGAUGCGGUUAAUAGAAUCUGCUCUGCUUUACUGUGAAGUGGAUUACGAAGAAGAGAUGCUUAUCUUUCGGAUUUUACUCUAGGAAAGACAGGAGGAGAGGAGAGGAGAAGAGAAGAGAGGUUUUACCGCAGGUAGAGGAAAUGGAUUCAUCAACCAUGCUAUUUAACCAACUUAAGGCAGCUGAACCAUUUUUCUUGUUAGCGGGUCCUAAUGUAAUUGAAUCUGAAGAACACAUUCUGCAGAUGGCAAAGCACAUAAAGCACAUUACAACCAAGCUCGGAUUACCUCUAGUUUUCAAGUCAAGUUUUGAUAAAGCUAAUCGUACAUCCUCGAAAUCAUUUCGAGGUCCAGGCAUGAUUGAGGGCUUGAAGAUUCUUGAGAAGGUAAAAGUAGCAUAUGAUAUACCCAUCAUAACAGAUGUGCAUGAAACAAUUCAGUGUGAACCAGUCGGCAAGGUUGCAGAUAUUAUUCAGAUACCAGCAUUUUUGUGUCGUCAGACAGAUCUUCUUGUUGCGGCAGCCAAGACUGGAAAAAUUAUUAAUAUUAAAAAGGGACAGUUUUGUGCUCCUUCUGUCAUGGUAAAUUCUUGUGAGAAGAUCAGGUUGGCUGGAAAUACUAAUGUGAUGGUUUGUGAGAGAGGCACCAUGUUUGGCUACAAUGAUUUGAUUGUAGAUCCACGCAAUUUAGAGUGGAUGAGGGAAGCAAAUUGUCCUGUUGUAGCUGAUAUAACACACUCCUUGCAACAACCUGCUGGAAAGAAGUUGGAUGGUGGAGGUGUUGCUAGUGGAGGUCUGCGUGAACUGAUACCAUGUGUUGCUAGAACAGCAGUAGCAGUUGGAGUUGAUGGCAUUUUCAUGGAGGUGCACAAUGAUCCUCUGAAUGCACCAGUCGAUGGUCCAACUCAAUGGCCUCUUCGGCAUUUAGAAGAACUUCUGGAAGAGCUCAUGACAAUAGCUGUAAGUUUUCUGCCUCAUCCUUAGCAUGGGCGUCUACAGUUUUUGAUAUUAUUUUAUUUUUAAUAGACACUUAUCUUAAUAUAUUUAUUCUUCAUGGUGCACUUUCCUUGUAGAAUGCCAUUUGAGACUUAUAGGUGAUACCUUAUUUUAGCAGACUAGGGAGGCUGGUGUGCAAGAGAAUAGAUGCAUAACACAAGUUCAUAUGUUUUUCUUUUUCCCUUUAGAUGGAAAAAAUUAAGAAACUGGUUGUUUAAAUUGUGGAAAUGGUGGGGAGUUAUGGAUGUUUGUGCAUUAAUGUACGUGUGAAAACAUAUGCAUAUCUUAAGAUUGUUAUGUUUUUAAGGGUUUUCAAUACUCUUCUUCAGAAAAGAAAGUAUGUUCUAGGAAGUACUGUUCGCCCUUCACAAAAGCCACAGCUGAGAAUCACUCACCACACAUCACACUAUUGAUAACCCUUUGAGUUUAGGAGUCAAUACCUUAGCUAAUAGUUAGUGCAUACUUCCCGGCAAAUUUAUCCGUGAGCCUGUACAAACUAGAGACCCUUCAAAUGUUGAUGUACUCAUCUACACUCAUGUUGCAAUAUAUAAAUGUUGAUCCAUGUGGGAGCCUAUACAAACUAGAGACCCUUCAAAUGUUGAUGUACUCAUCUACACUCAUGUUGCAAUAUAAAAAUGUUGAUCCAUGUGGGAAGUAACCGUGCAUAUUGGUGUUUAUAAACCCA